CACACGCAUGCGCUUUCACGGCAGUCUCAGUGCAGCAAUGGCGUCUUCCAUUGUGGUGUGCAGGUUGCAUUUGAGGGGCAGCCUCUCUAAAUGCUUUAAAAAAGUAGAUUCAUGUUUUCAAAGAAAGUUCGGAACUAGUACUGCUUCUACGAAGACCGAUGCACCCAAUAAGAAAUAUAAAAUCGACUCAAAGGAUGGAAACAAAUCUUUUUACACAGUCCAAGAGGAGAAGAUGGAGCAUGCAGAGAGAUCGGUCCUUAUCAGCUGCCCGGCCAAAACCAACGAGAAAAAGUUCCUCAGCUAUUUAUCCAGACAUGGAGAUAUCAACAAAUGUUUCUUUUAUGAAAGCUACGGUACAUAUGCUGUGGUGGAGUUUUCCAACAAGGAGAGCCUCACAUCACUCCACGAAGGGACGGCCAUCCCCAGUAUCAACCAUGAAGCUACAGUGCCUUUCAAGUCCAGACUGCUUUCGCUCAGAAACGCUGGUCCUGUGGACAUGUCCAAUGGCCAGUCCGCCCCUCCGUGCCAACCACAGACCACCAUACACAUUAACGACCUCAUACAGAGACUUUCCAAAGAAGCCAGUAUAGACCAACAAAUCUCCUCCCUUACAGAGACAUACCAGCUGACGGAGGAGAACGUCUGCCUGCGCUUCCUGGUCUGCUCUCUUCUAAAGGACAUAGCUGCUGCAUAUUUCCCAGAAUGCACCAUUCGGCCCUUUGGCUCCUCCGUCAACGGCUUCGGGAAGCUGGGCUGUGACCUAGACAUGUUUCUGGACCUGGACGGCAUCAGUGGAAGGAAUCUGAAAGGGCCAAAAGCAGGGCUCUCCUUGGAGUACCAGACAAAGAGGUCUGCGUCUGAGCGGGCGGGUACCCAGAGUAUCCUGUCUGUGAUCGGGGAGUGUGUAGACCAGUUUGGGCCUGGCUGUGUCGGGGUGCAGAAGAUCCUCCAGGCUCGCUGUCCCCUAGUCCGAUUCGCCCACCAACCGUCAGGGUUCCAGUGUGACCUCACGGCUAACAAUAG